AUGGAGUUACUUCAGAACACUAUAGGGCUGCAAUUCAAGAUGAACGAGAACUCUAAUGUAAAAUUUUCUUGUUUUUCGGGUGUGCCUUUGGGUUGGAGAAACAAUCAGCAAAGCUGUACGGUAUCCUCGAGUUUCGGGUAUUUUUGCUUCUCCCAACAAAAACUCACGAACCCGAUGAUAAUGAGUGGUUUUGGUAGGAAAGGAAAUCGAGUAAGUGUUUCCAAAAUCGAAGAACUGCUGAGGUUUGGCAAGGGGGAUGAGGAUGAUGACGAUGAGGACGAAGAAAAAUCAAGUGGGAGUGUUGGUAAGGAUGGAAAGGAGAAUCCUUUUGUUAUGAAUGAGGAUGAGAGGAAGGAGUGGAGAAAAAAGAUUAGGGAGGUGAUGAGUCGAAUUCCAAAUGAUGAUGUUGAAGAGGAGAUUGAUCUUGUCGAGAAGCGGAAGAAAAUGCAAAAGCUUCUAGCCGAAUAUCCGCUCGUGGUUGAUGAGGAGGAUCCUGACUGGCCGGAGGAUGCUGCUGAUGGGUGGGGUUUCAAUUUGGGUCAGUUUUUCAACAAGAUUAGCAUAAAAAAUGUUAAGAAGGAUGUGGAUGAUGAGGGUUAUGAUAGUGAGAACGAGAUAGUGUGGCGGGAUGAUGACUAUAUUCGUCCAAUCAAAGACUUAACCACUAGAGAAUGGGAGGAGGCCGUGUUUAAGGACUUCAGCCCUUUAGUGGUUCUUGUUCAUAACCGUUACAAAAGACCAAAGGAGAAUGAAAGGAUCCGAGAUGAGCUAGAGAAAGCUGUGCAUAUUAUAUGGAACUGCAGGCUACCAUCUCCAAGAUGUGUUGCAAUAGAUGCCAACACAGAGCAUGAUUUGGUCUCUGCUCUACAAGUUUCUGUUUUUCCGGAACUCAUUUUCACUAAAGCAGGGAAAAUUAUCUACCGUGAGAAAGCAAUCAAGACAGCUGAUGAGUUGUCCAAGAUAAUGGCAUUCUAUUACUAUGGAGCAGCCAAGCCCCCAUGUUUAAGUGGGAUCGAGAACAUGGAAGAAGCAAUUCCUAUUGUUUCAAGUCAGAUUUGA